AGCCAAGGCGAUAAACUUCAACCGGCCACAAGAGUGUGCAUGUGAGGUGACUGCAUUUUUUUUUCCUGCCAAACCAGAAUUAGCCGGUAUAGGAAUGAACAAGCCUGAAGAUCUGAAAUUGUACCGAUUGGAAGGCAGCCCAGGUUAGGUGCCGGCACCUCCAAACGCACCCUUUUUAAGGCCACCCGGACCGAGGCGUCGGGCUUUAGGCCCCACAAGCCGCGCGCCCGGCCUGGCAGGGAGCGGCGGAGUAGCCGGGAGCCCCGCGCGGAGCGCGCGGAACCCGGCGGGGAGCCGAGCCGCGGGCACCGCAUCUCCAGGAUGAUCCGCGACAUCGCAGCAGAUCCCCACGCCCCGCCGCUCAGUCGGCUGCGAGCAGAGCAGCAAUUUCGGGGAUCCGGGCCGGGAGCCCAGUGAGGCCGCAGCCCCGCCGGCCGCGGGCGAAAAAUCUUGGAAAAUGUAUACAAGUCACGAAGAUAUUGGGUAUGACUUUGAAGAUGAUCCCAAAGACAAGAAGACACUUAAGGUCAACCCAAACAUUGAUGGCGGAUGGGCUUGGAUGAUGGUCCUUUCCUCUUUUUUUGUGCACAUCCUCAUCAUGGGCUCCCAGAUGGCCCUGGGUGUCCUCAACGUGGAAUGGCUUGAAGAAUUCCACCAGAGCCGUGGCUUGACUGCAUGGGUCAGCUCCCUCAGCAUGGGCAUCACCUUGAUUGUGGGACCUUUCAUCGGGUUAUUCAUUAACACUUGUGGAUGCCGUCGGACAGCAAUCAUUGGAGGGCUCGUCAACUCCCUGGGCUGGGUGUUGAGUGCUUACGCUGCAAGCGUGCAUUACCUCUUCAUUACCUUUGGAGUGGCAGCAGGCCUGGGCAGCGGCAUGGCCUACCUGCCGGCCGUGGUCAUGGUGGGGAGGUAUUUCCAGAAGAGACGCGCCCUGGCCCAGGGCCUCAGCACCACCGGGACGGGGUUCGGCACGUUCCUCAUGACCUUGCUGCUGAAGCACCUCUGCGCGGAGUACGGCUGGCGUAACGCCAUGUUCAUCCAAGGCGCGGUGUCCUUGAACCUGUGCGUCUGCGGGGCGCUCAUGCGGCCCCUCUCGCCCGGGAAGGGCCGAGACCACCCGGGAGGGGAAGAUCUGCGCGUCCGCGCGGCGCACUCGACCGAGUCGGUGAAGUCGGAUGGACAGCCGGGCAGGGCCGAGGAGAAGGGUGGCGGGCCCGGGAGCGAAGAGACCCCCUGUGACCCUCCCGCCCAGGCGCGCCCCGAUCGGGCGCGGCUCGGGAAGAGCGUGUGCGCCCUCCGGGUGCUGAAGGCCGUCAGCCAGAUCACCGUGAGGGUCCGGAAGGGCUUCCGGGACUGGUACGCGGGCUAUUUUGGGACAGCCUCGCUCUUUAGCAACCGGAUGUUUGUGGCCUUUAUUUUCUGGGCUCUGUUUGCGUACAGCAGCUUUGUCAUCCCCUUCAUUCACCUCCCGGAAAUAGUCAACUUGUAUAAUUUGUCGGAGCAGAACGAUGUCUUCCCUCUGACCUCAAUUAUAGCAAUACUUCACAUCUUUGGAAAAGUGAUCCUGGGCAUCGUGGCCGACUUACCUGGCAUCACCGUGUGGAAUGUCUUCCUGAUGGCCAACUUCACCCUCGUCCUUAGUAUUUUUAUUCUGCCGUUGAUGCACACGUAUGCUGGCCUGGCCGUCAUCUGCGCGUUGAUCGGGUUUUCCAGUGGUUAUUUCUCCCUGAUGCCGGUGGUGACGGAAGACUUGGUUGGCAUCGAGCACCUGGCCAACGCCUACGGCAUCAUCAUCUGUGCUAACGGCAUCUCUGCGCUGCUGGGACCGCCUUUUGCAGGGUGGAUCUACGACAUCACACAAAAAUAUGAUUUUUCCUUCUAUAUAUGUGGUUUGCUCUACAUGGUAGGAAUACUCUUUUUACUCAUUCAACCGUGCAUUCGAAUUAUAGAACAAUCUAGAAGAAAAUACAUGGAUGGUGCACAUGUUUAGUGUCAUGUAACAUUUUGUGUCAGAUUUCAUUGUGAUACUCAUGCCUACCUCACAUGGUUGCUGUGAGGCGCCUAUGACAAGACAUGGGAAGGCACUCUGUACAGUAACUGGCACUGUCAUUUGUAAACGCCGUUGUCAUGGCCUCAUUUGUAAGCAGUGUUAAAUAUUUUUAAUGGUGCUAUAGCAAUGCAUUUGGAUGCUCACACUGCUGGUUGUAUAUCGUAAAUACAAACUUUUUAUCCAAUGACCAGGCUUUAAUUGCAUCCAAGUUAGACCUGCUCACGUUCAGUUUGUACAGUUGUUUGUUGACUUACUCUAUCUUUGGAAGUUGUGACUUCUACCAGAUGGGUAGCAUUGCCCAUUUUACAAAAAUAGAGUGAGACCUGCUUGCAAUAUUCACGUUGACAACGAAUAUAAGAGACUAUUAUAAAGAAGUAUAGCAAACAUGUCCUGUUUAUGUUAUUGUUCAGUUAUUUGAUAUUAUAAAAGGUUAAUUGUAUAUUUGUAUUAUGUGCUUUAUUGUUUUCUUCUCAUGUAUCUGAGUGUUCUUUAUUUACAUACAACUAAAUAAAGUUUGUCUCCUCAAAAGAU